GAGCAGAAAAGUCUCAUCCAAGAUAUUCUGUCCUUGUUCGCAAGAGAGAGAGAAAAAGAGAGAGAGAGAGAAAGAGAGAGAUGGCACUUACUGGUGAAGAAUUCGACGUGAUUGUGGUGGGCGCAGGAAUCAUGGGAAGUUCCACCGCCUAUGAAGUGGCCAAAAGGGGUCAGAAAACCCUCCUACUCGAGCAAUUCGAUUUCUUGCACCAGCGGGGCUCCUCUCACGGCGAGUCCCGCACCAUACGAGCAACCUAUACGAAGGAAUACUACUUUCCAAUGGUCAUCGAGUCAUACAAACUCUGGCAGGAGGCCGAGUCCCAAAUCGGCUACAAGGUCUACUUCAAGGCCGGACAACUCGACAUGGGUGACUCCCAUGACAAAAGCAUGCAUGGCAUCAUAAACACCUGCCGCAAACACUCAGUCUCGCAUGAAGUUCUCGACCGCCGACAACUGGCCAACAAGUUUUCUGGAAGGUUCGAUAUCCCUGAGGAUUGGAUUGCUGUGUUUACCGAGUAUGGUGGAGUGAUAAAGCCCACAAAGGCAGUGUCCAUGUUCCAGGCCUUGGCAUUUCAAAAGGGUGCUGUUCUAAGGGACUGCAUGGAAGUGAAAGAUAUUAGAAAAGAUGGCGUCAAAGGGGGCGUAUGGGUUUACACCAGCAAUGGUGAAAAGUUUUGGGGUAAAAAAUGCGUGGUGACAGUUGGGGCUUGGACAAGAAAGUUGGUUAAAACAGUAGUUGGGCUUGAACUACCUAUACAACCAUUGGAGACUGCGGUGUGUUAUUGGAAGAUUAAGGAGGGGAAUGAAGAAAAAUAUACGAUCGAAGGGGGUUUUCCGACUUUCUCAUGCCAAGGGGACCCGCAUGUAUUCGGCACGCCAUCGUUGGAGUAUCCGGGGUUGAUAAAGAUGAUGGUACAUGGGGGGCAUCCGUGUGACGAGGACAAGAGGCCAUGGGGGCCAGGAAUGGCAUUGGGGUCUUUGAAACAAUUGGUUGAGGAGAGGCUGUCAGGGAUGGUUGAUUCCGAGGCACCUGUGGCCAUGCAAUUUUGCAUGUAUUCAAUGACACCCGAUGAAGAUUUUGUGAUUGAUUUCUUGGGCGGGGAGUUUGGAAAGGAUGUUGUGAUGGGAGGUGGGUUUUCUGGGCAUGGGUUCAAGAUGGGGCCGGUGGUGGGGAGGAUACUAGCUGACCUUGUGCUCACUGGGGAGGCAAAAGGGGUGGAGUUAAAACACUUCAGUAUUCAAAGAUUUGAGGAGAAUCCUCAAGGGAAUGUCAAAGAUUUUUAAGAUCCAAGUCUCUACUGUGCUAUUGAUCCUCACCGAUUCAAUAAAAACCCGUUUGCAUGUGUGUAACAAAAACUAUAUGCUCAUAUUUGUGGCCGUUGACGUCUUAUCUUUAUUAUCCUACAACUCUUAUCUUCUAUCUGCAAUCAUGCUCUCUCUCUCUCUCUCUCUCUCUCUCUCUCUCUGUGAUAAGUAUAGGUAAAUUUAGUAGAAUAAUGCAGUAGUCGAUAGCAAGCAUAGUCGAAUGGGCUUUGGUGCAAUUAUUCGAGAUUAUGGAGGACAAGUACUUGUGGCGGCAUGUAGUAGAACACAAGAAAGCAUGGCUGAUACUAUUGUGGUUGAUGCUAUCGUCGCUGAAGUCUUGGCUGGAAUGGUAGCUGCAACUUUAUGUAAGGAUAUGUGCUUUUUUUUUUUUUUUGUAAAUCUUGAAGGAGAUUCCCAGCAAAUGGUGGAAAGAGCUUAAUGAGAGAUCUCUAAAUGCUAGCAGGUAUGGUCACUUUGUGGAUGUCAUUAAAAGUGUUCUACAAUCUUUCCAA